CAUAAUGAAAUUGGAAAGGAAGGGCGAGUGGAGACUAGUGGGCAAGGGGAAAGGAGCGCCCACGUGCAGUCCAUGUUGAUGUUCCAACUUCCAACGCCCGCCAAGCGCGCACCAUCCCUUAUAAUAUAGGAGAGAGGAGUGAGGAGAACCGGCCUUGUCCUGUUUUCUCUUCUUUCUUUUGCCCAAAGGCCAAGAUCUCGCCAGCAUCCCGAGUCGUGGAAAUGGAAGCGGCGGCCUCAGAUAACGGUAAUGCUCCCCGACCCCAACCCCGGCUGACGAAGAAUCCCUCGUCUUCGUCGUUCCAGCUUCGGUGCCCCAGCCUGAAUUCCCUACGUCUGCGUCGCAUAUUUGACCUCUUCGACAAGAACGGGGACGGGAUGAUCACGACCGAGGAGCUGGGUCAGGCUCUGGGGCUUCUUGGGUUGGAUGCUGAUGAAUCGGAUCUGGAU